AUGUUCAAAACUUAUUUUGACAAGUUGAAUGCUUCCUUGGAAACGUUAACGAAUGGUGUUGAUAGGGCUUUUUGUGUGGAAUUAGAUAUGCGCUUAGAAAAAAUGGCCGAAUUGUUUCCGGCAUUUGAUGCGAUUCAGAAUAAGAUAGAAUUUUUGGCGGAUGAGGAUGAGUUGGGAAAUCAGUUUACAGAACGUCAGAAUUUUGAGGAUAAUUUUUAUAGGUUUUCAACGCGUAAUUUACUGACAAAACACAAUUUCUAUGAGCUAGAUAAUGGAGAAGAAUUUUUAAGAUCGACUUCUUCAGGUUCAAGUUCCCAUCGUAGUAAAACUGAACAUGUGGCUCUAAAAUCAUUGCCAAAACUUCCCAUUCCUACCUUUUCUGGAAAAUCUGAAAAUUGGCUGGAGUUCAGGGAUACCUUUUCUUUUUUGGUUCACAAAAAUGAAAGAUUGGAUAAUAUAGAAAAAUUUCAUUUUCUUCGGGGCGCAUUGGACGGAGACGCAAAACAGUUUAUUGGAACACUCGAAUUUUCUGAUAGUGGGUAUGGUGUUGCUUGGAACCUACUAUUAGAAAGGUUUAAGAAUACUUCUUUGUUGGUUAAUAAUAACUUAGAAUGUUUGGUCAAUUUGCCAGAAAUACGAAAGGAAAAUGCUGUUGAUCUUCGGAAAAUGUUGGAUAUUUUAGUUAAAAAUCUUAGAUCGCUUAACUCAUUGGGGGUGAAUACAGAAUACUGGGAUAUAAUGGUUAUAUUUUUAGCAUGUUCAAAACUUGAUUUGCAUACAAAAAGAGAGUGGGAGGAAAGAAAAAAUAAAGCUGCAUUACCUACCCUUGACGAGUUUAAAAGUUUCCUAAAAGGUAAAGUCGAUUCAUUGGAAGGCUUAGGGAUGAAUAACUCUGUAAGUAUCAUUAAAGAAAAAUGUUUAUAUAGGGCAAAGCUAAAAUCCUACGUUUCUGUUAAUCAAAAAUGCGCCUUUUGUAAUGCUGAUCAUUUUAUUCAAAAUUGUAAGUCAUUUUUCGAAUUAAACACUUAUGCUAGGUUUCAAAAGGCUUUACACCUUAAGGUUGGUUUAAAUUGUCUAAGACCUGGGCAUAUGAGUAAAGAUUGUUCCCAGAGAGGGUGUAAAAAAUGUGGGUCUAAACAUAAUGUUCUUUUACACUAUGAUAAAAAUAAAAAUAAUAGUAUCCUCUUGGGCAGCUCAAAUGGCAGUGUUGGCUCUGCAAUAAGUGAGUCUGGUUUGGUGAAGUCAAAGGAGGAAACUUCAUUAGAUGAACCGAAGGAUUCUGUGCCUACAACUUCUAAUGUUUAG